AAUGAGAGACUGGAUGGAUGGGUCCACCACACAGCCGUGGCCUGUAGGAAUAGGAGCCAAUAUUUCAGUUCCCCGCGCCGCGCGGAGCCGCCUCUAUCCCCCUCCUUCUCCCGGUGACCCCGGCACUCCGCCGAUCCGCUUCUCCUCCUCAAACCCUCUCUUCUCCGGCAAGCUCCGAGGCGUAGCCAUGGCGGACGACGUAUCCAAGAGGUGCUCUCCGGAGGAGGAGGUAAUUGCUGACAUACUGUUCGCUCUGCCGAGAGGGCCUCGCCCCGUUCUUCUCCGCCGCCGAGGAGAAAUCAACCGCACCGGCGGCGAUUCAACUCGAGAUGGAGACUCAGCGGAGAAGUCUCGCACCGGCAGGGGGCAUGAAAUACGGGGGAGAGCUGGCGGCGUUGAAGCGGAGGCAGCCAGGGGCGGGUACUCGAGAGAGGAUCUCGCCACCAAGGGGGGAUCCGUCGGAUCGAGGGAUGGCGGCGGCGAGGCCUUUCAAUCAAAGAGGGAAGGUGCCCUGAGGUACAGAUGCACUAUCGAGGACCUCUCCACCUCGAAGGGACCCGGUGGCGGCGGGGGCUAUGACUAUGAAUUAGUGGGGAGGGGUGGAGUCGCGGCAGCGGAGCGGGACACGAGGUGCAGGUACUCGGUCCAGGACCUCUCGACCGUGGGGAAAUCUGGGGGGAUGUAUGAUGGAGGCAAUGGCCCUGGGUUCAAAGAAGGUGCCCAAGAAACUGUAGAUUGUGUCCAAGGGUUCAAGACUCAUCCUGAGUUAGGACUUCCUGCCAAUGAUUCUGGCACUGACACGGAAACAGUUGAUGUAUCAGUGUCAGAAGAGUUGAUUCGGCUUCAGACCACGAUCAGUAAGCCCAAGACUAAUACUGCUACUGAUGAUUCUGCCGAUGAUUCUGCUGCUGAAAUCGAAGCAUUUGAUGUAUCGGAAGAAUUGAUUCGCUUUCAGACUGUUGUUAGUAAACCAUGGGAUGCAAUAUGGAGAGAAGCACCUCUGGUCUUCUGUGAUUCGUUCCUAUGUCCUACUGGUGAUAGGAGUGGUUUGAGUCAAAGUGAACUGAAAGAUGCAGUAGCUUCAAUACUUCUUAAUCAUAAAGGUGUUGUAAGCUAUUUCAGGAUUGACUCAAGUAGAUCACUGAACCUUCAAACUCUUGAGACCUGGUUUAAUAUCUUGUCUGAGAAGAAGGUCAAAGAGAUGGUUCUGUUUAAUUGUUCAGGACCACAGAAAUUGAUAGAGUUUCCUAUGGAUAUCCUGGAUGGCAGCCAAGUUGAGGUUCUCAGGAUAUGUUUUUUCAAAAUUCCAGAAGUUUAUGCAUUUGAUCUCUCAAAGCUACAUCUACUGGAUUUCUCAUACUGCAAAUUUGAUACCGAGCACCUCCUUCACUUUGUUGAAGCAUGUCCUAAUAUCAGAGAGCUGCAUCUGGGCUACUAUGAUGGAAAUGUCCGGAUACGCUCUGACAAGCUAGAAAUUUUUCAAGUAUGGUGUUCAACUAUGAAGUCUGUGAACAUUGAGCAUGCUCCUGAAUUGAGAAAACUUACCAUAGCGGCAUUUCCUGGAAAGUACUCAUCCUCAUUGUCUGUGAGGGUCAUAAACUCACUUUACUUGGAGCAUAUCACGUGCAACAUCAGUAAUCAAUGGAUUACAAUAAAUGGCUCAAAUAUACAAACAGAUGAUAAAGUUCUUCUCAAUGUCCGAAAACUGUACAUUGGACUUUCUAUGUCCAAAAGAAGGCAACGGGAACAGCUCUCUAACAUUUUGAAUUGCUUAACGCAUCUAGAAGAUCUGACUAUUUGGCGGAUGGAUACCGUCGCUAACAAUGAAGAUUAUGAUGCGGCACUCGAGGACUGGUCACCUAAACUGCGUGUGAAGACCUGCUUGAAAAGCCUCCAAAUAUGUAAGAUGGAAGGAUACCAAGGUGGGAAGCUUGAGUCGGACUUUGCAUCUGCUGUUCUGGUGCGUGCAAAUCGCUUGAAAAGGCUUAUAAUUGAAUCCGAUAAGGAAGAUGUCUUUAAGAAGGCUGUUGGCAUACUUCAAAAGGUCAAGUGGACGUCACCCGAUGUCAGUGUAGAGAGAAGACUAAAUCCACUGGUCAGCAACUGACAGUCGAAGACAACGGAGGCAAGUCAAGAAAAAUUGCCACUGGAAGCCAAGCUAAUAAGGCAAGUUGCGAAUGAUGUUUUCAACUCAAAGUUUGGAUGGAACGCUGGAACAAGGAGGCUGGGAGCAUAGAGAUGUGAAGAUGUUGACCCUGCUGCAAUUUGUCACCAGAAUUGUGGAAGUUUUUUGUGUUGGGCCCUGUGAAGCUGAUCUGGUGUCUCUUUGCUGCAGUUAGCUAGACUUUGUUUUUUGUUUGGCAGCUCUGCUUUUCUUUCUGUUUAGUCUUCUAUGGCCUGCCCUGUUUCCCUGGAAGAAACUUAUGUUAUUCUGUUGCUCUUUUCUUUCUGCUGUAAGAACCUUGUAGACUGUAUCCAUUUCUGAUAAUAGAAAUGUGGGCUAUGACCCUUGAUCUAAAAGAGAAAAAAAGAUCUGGUUAAUUUCCUGAUACUAGAAAUCGGUAUUUUGAUUGUGUUGUGCCUUAUGAUUUUGUUGGAUGUGAUUGAUUAUUUGAUGGACUGUAGAGGACACAAUUUCUAAUAGGCCCUCUGUAUUUGAUA